CGUGGGUCGAGCGAUUCAUCCCGUAUGGGCCUCAAUUCGCCUCAGAUUGGGACCGCCAUCUCACUCUCCACCCGCUCUCCACCCGCACGUCACUGCACCGUGUUCCCCGUGCGACGCCUCCAGCCACGGCUCCUACUGUAGCUCCGCUGCCGUGACCCCGACGGCGCCAUUGCCUCUCGUGCUCUUUCUUUUUGCUCCAGCCCACUUCAGACGCACCCAGUGCUCCCCGCAGCUGUCAAGGGCUAGAGCAUGCAGGUCAUAGCGAUCUGGCAUGCCUCGUGACGGUGGGUCCAUUGAGGCGUGCUGGCAGGCUGCUCGAGCCCUGCUCCUCGGCGCAGCCCUCCUGAUUGGCAUUCAGGGGUGCCACAAACCUAGCCUGAGUCUCCAUCCUCAAACCGCCAAAGCCAUCAUCUCUCGCCUUGCCACGGCGGCCUCGACUGUGCAACACGCCGCAGAGGCACGCUGCGUCGUACAGGGAGAGUCUCCGCAAGUGUCCGAGAUAGCCGCGACGAGCUGUCCGAUCUGUCCGGCUGUGGGGAGGGCGCGCCAGGCCGUGUUCAGGCACCGCAUGCUUCCUUUUGGCAGGUCGGUUGGCAGAGACUUGCAGAAUGCUAGCCCACGCCUCCAAGUGCCCUUACAGACCUGCCACAUCGAGAUCUACAAACCCUCUACCUGUCUGCUGGGCGCCUUUAUGGCCUUCUUGGCCUUCUCUACGUACCACGCAAGCCGCUGGAUCAGCCUGGCGGCUUCUCCGGAUCCCUCCUCUGGCGAGAACUCCUCACUUCAGGCCUCUAAUUGGCCUACCCAGCCACACCUAUAACGCCCUACGGAGCUGACAGGAAGCCGGCAGUGGUCAACAGCAUCUCGCACUGCUCGAUUCGCCGCCCCUGAGCUCUUUCGCAAUGCGAGAUCAGCAAGCCUUGGGCCGUCCCAGGACUGGAUUCCCGGGCUCGCGUUGUGCGAACCUGUGGCUUGAUCCCGUUAAUUGUCAAUUUGGACGGGUGGCUGCCCACAUCCAGGGACCAUUCGUGCCUCC